UUAGGAGAAGAAGGGGUGAACCUGUCGGGGGGGCAGAAACAGAGAGUAAGUCUGGCCCGAGCCGUCUACUCUGACCGGGACAUCUUCCUGCUGGACGACCCGCUGUCGGCCGUCGACGCGCACGUUGGAAAACACAUCUUCGAACAAUGCAUCAAGGGAGAGCUGCAGGGCAAGUCCAUCAUACUGGUUACCCACCAGUUACAGUACCUGGAGUUCUGUGAUGAGGUUCUGGUUCUGAAGGACGGGGCAGUCCAGGAAACAGGAAGUCAUGUGGAGCUGAUGAAGGCGGGGAGGCACUACGCUGACAUCAUCACCAACCAUGUUGCUAUGGAGCCGGACGUCAUAGAGCGGGUCGCCAUGGAGCUUAACAGCGGGGCUCCUAAACCACUCAGACAGAGUCUGGAAGCACCGCUGAAAGAAGAAGUCAAUGGUCAUUUAAAUGGAGGAAUCAUCAAUCCAGCCUUCAACAUGUCGGACGAGACAACAGACGCCUUCAAACCCUUCAACAUGUCGGACGAGACAACAGACGCCUUCAAACCGUCUGAACAGAAGAAUGAAGCGACGUUGAUCACCUGGAAAACCCUCCAGCAGUACUGUCACGCAGCUGGAGGACUGUGUGUGAGCAUCUUUGUGGUGCUCUGCUUCGUGGUGCUAACAGCUAACGGGACGCUAGGCUACUGGGGACUGAGCUAUGUCCUGGAGCAGGGACACGGGACUGCCAACGUGACAUCAUCAGAGCGAGACGACGUCUCUCUGAACCCCGACCUGCCCUUCUACCGCCUGGUUGCCGUGGUGAUGAUGAGCAGUCUGCUGCUCGUCUUCAUCGUCAAAUGUGUCUUCUUCGUCAGAGUGAGCCUGAACGCAGCGAGCACGCUGCACAACAACCUGCUGAGUAACAUCUUAGCCAGACCAAUGAGCUUCUUCGACUCGAUCCCGACGGGCCGCAUCCUGAACUGUUUCUCGUCGUGUCAGAGCGAGGUGGACGCGGCCGUCCCCUUCCACGUCAAUGUGCAGCUGAUGUUCUCCUUGUUGGCCGUGUGCAGCCUGCUGGUGUCUGCAGCCACCUUCCCCUACAUGGUGCUGCCAGCGGGGGGGCUGCUCCUGCUCCUGGUCCUGGUCUUCAGCCUGUUCCUGAGAAACAUCUGCACGUUGAAGAAGAUGGAGGACGUGAGCCGUUCCCCCUGCAUCUCCCUGUGCACCUCCAUCGUCAGAGGCCUGGGCUCCAUCCACGCCUACGGAAAGACGCACACCUACACCGAGCGGUUUAAGGUCCUCUCUGACACCAACUCCACCCACCUCCUCCUCUUUAACUUUGGCCUGUAUUGGCUGUCCCACGUCAUGGGUUGUCUGUGCGUUGUCAUGACGUUGAUCGUCUCUCUGCUGGUUGUCUUCGUCUCCAACGACGUCUGCAGCCCCCCCAUGAAGGCCCUGUCUCUGAACUUCAUCUUACAGCUGUCUGCAAACUUUCAGUAUUUGCUCCUGUCGAUGAUCUCUGUUGAAGCGAGGUUCAUCUCCGUGGAGCGGCUGCUCGAGUACAUCACGGGCUCGGAGGAGUUGGAGGGGGGACAGCGGGAGGUGAAGCCGGUCCCAGAGGACUGGCCUCAGACAGGAGUCAUCACCUUCCUGGACUAUAAGAUGCGUUACAGACAGAACUUACCUUUUGUCCUCAAUGGGCUGCAUCUCCACAUCAGAGCCGGGGAGAAGAUCGGCAUUGUGGGAAGGACUGGCUCCGGGAAGUCGUCCCUGGCCGUGGCCUUGUUCCGGUUGGUUGAACCGGCUGCAGGGAGCGUCCUCAUUGACGGGGUGGACAUCACGUCCAUCAGCCUGUCUAACCUGCGCAACAAGCUGUCCAUCAUCCCCCAGGACCCCAUUCUGUUCACCGGCACCAUCAGGUCCAACCUGGACCCUGUCAACAGACACAGUGAUGAGGAGAUCUGGGCAGCGCUGGAAAAGACCUACAUGAAGGACGCAAUUUGGGGUCUGGAGGGGAAGCUUCAGGCCGAGCUGGUCGACAACGGAGGAAACUUCUCUCUGGGACAGAAACAGCUGAUCAGCCUGAGCAGAGCUCUGCUACGGGACUCCAAGAUCAUCCUAUUGGACGAGGCGACAGCGUCCAUCGAUGCUGAGACCGACUCUCUGAUCCAGAUCACCAUCCGAGAGGCGUUCAGGGACAGCACGGUGCUCACCAUCGCUCACCGGAUCCACACGGUGCUGCAGGCUGACCGCAUCCUGGUCCUCAACCAAGGACAGGUGGUGGAGUUUGAUCAUCCAGAUGUGUUGAAACAGAGACCAGACUCGCUGUUUGCUUCUCUGCUAUCGGCUUCCAACACUGUGGCGUCCUGAUGUCCCUGAACGCACCACAGUAACCUCAGACGUUUCUUCAGCGUUCUGAUGUCCUUGAACGCACCGCAGUAACCUUAGAGGUUUCUGCAGCGUUCGGAUGUACCUGAACGCACCGCAGUAACCUUAGAAGUUUCUGCAGAGUCCUGAUGUCCCUGAACGCACCGCAGUAACCUCAGAGGUUUCUGCAGCGUCCUGAUGUCCCUGAACGCACCGCAGUAACCUCAGAGGUUUCUGCAGCGUCCUGAUGUCCCUGAACGCACCGCAGUGACCUCAGAGGUUUCUGCAGCGUCCUG